ACCCAGGGCAAGAUGUGGCCGAGCAGUCUCCUUGCUCCGUAGCUGCUGCUGCAGAGGGGCUGGCAGAGUGGCCUCACUGACUAGCCCAGGAGCCAUGGCAAAGAGUGGAUUUGUGAUCUGUAUCCUGGUGAUCACCUUACUCCUGGACCAGACCACCAGCCACACGUCCAGAUUAAAAGCCAGGAAGCACAGCAAACGCCGAGUGAAAGAAAAGGAUGGAGAUCUGAAGUCUCAAGUUGAAAAGCUCUGGAGAGAAGUCAACGCCCUGAAGGAAAUGCAAGCCCUGCAGACAGUGUGUCUUCGAGGCACAAAAGUUCACAGGAAAUGCUACCUUGCAUCGGAAGGCUCAAAGCACUUCCAUGAAGCCAAUGAAGACUGCAUUUCCAAGGGAGGGACAUUGGUCGUGCCCAGGAACACCGAUGAGAUCAAUGCCCUCCGAGACUAUGGUAAGAGGAGCCUGCCAGGCGUCGAUGACUUUUGGCUGGGCAUCAAUGACAUGGUCACGGAAGGCAAGUUUCUCGAUGUCCACGGAUUCGCCGUUUCCUUCCUCAACUGGGACCGUGCACAGCCCAAUGGAGGCAAGAAGGAAAACUGCAUCCUCUUCUCCCAGUCGGCUCAGGGGAAAUGGAGCGAUGAGGCCUGCCGCAGUAGCAAGAGGUACAUCUGCGAGUUCACCAUCCCUUAAGAGGCCCUCUGCAGAUACAUCCUCCAAGCAAGAUCAGACAUGACUUAGAGGCUGCUGGUCCCCAAGAAUAUGUCAAAAUUGCAAUUACUAAUUGCAAAAUUGCCACACAAGUGUCAAAGUCCAUAGCGAUACAGGAUCAGACAAUUGUGCUACCAUAUUUCAUUGUAAGUUUGCCCUUCAAGGGGUCAGAAAAUAAUGAUCCAGACAUGUGCACGCUAUUAAAAUGACAUCUAUGAAAAGGGCUAUCAUAUUCUUUCUCUUUCCUUGUUCCUCUCAUUUGUGUAGACUCAGUCUGUUUAAAAAUACAACACACUGCUUCAACCCAGAAAAGCAAGCUUAGGCUACCUGGAAGAUUUUCUCUUGAAAGUUUAGCACAGGGAUACUUUCUGAGAAAUGUGUCAGAGGUGAUUUUGGUGAUAUGAACAUCAUAGUGUAUAUUUAUGCAACCUUAUGUGGUAUAAGUUAAAUAGUCCAAGUGGCUUCCUGAUGUGAUCAACAGAUGCAGUAAACACAAGAUGUAUGCAGCUGCUGGUGGUGCAAGAUGGCAUACUGCCUUAUCAUAUACUUAUUUUUCUAUAAGUAGGACUCUACUCUAAAACAGUAAUAAAAUGAUAGUAUAGUGUAUUAGUCAGUUUUCCAUCACUAUAAGAUACCUGACACAGUCUACAUAUGAAGUACAAAGGUUUAUUUAGCUCACAGUUUGGGUGGUUCAAAGUUCAAGACUGGGCAGUCCUGUUGGCUUGGUUUAAUGAUGAGGGUGGCAGAUGGCAGCAUAUCCCAGCAGGGGCCAUGUUGGAGUAAAUGGUCACAUUUCAAACUAUUGCACAACAAGAGAGGGGGGAUGGGCAGAGUCCCACAAUCUCUUUUCAGGGCAUGAUAAGGGCCUCCAAUAUGGCUCCAUCUCUUAAGAUCCACAGCACCUGCUAAUACUCCCACCCUGGGGACCCUUGGGAGAAAUAGAUAAAUGAGGCUACCUCAAGCCAUAGCAUAUGAUAAAUACAUAAAGCAGCAAAUCAUUUAUUAUUAUCAAAUAUUCUGUAUGGUGCCUAAUUGUAUGUGCUGUAUCUUAUACAACUGACAGAGCAGUGCAUUGGUCUACACCAGUAUGACCAAAACACAUGAGUAGUGCCCUGCAUUAUGACCUUGGGCAGCUACCAUGGCAGUGGGCAAAGGUCAUAUUUCAGCUCCAUUACAAUCUUAUGGGACCACCAUCAUGUACCACCAUGCAUUGGUCAGACAUUGCUAUAGAUGCAUUCUGUGUGUAUUUGUGGGAUGAGAAUUCCCUAAAUCAGAGGUUCUGGGUGCUGUGUAACCCAACAACUUCUCUCUCAUGCUCCAUCUGCCCCACCUCCCAUACACCUGCUAGCCCAGGGCCCUUUGAGUGGCUGCUUCCCCUGCUGGGCUUGUGUCUUGUGUGCUGCCUCAGGACCAUGAUGUCUGAGGAGGUUCUGAUUUAACUCUGUUUCUUUUGAACUCCUCCACCCAAGUUUGAACUCCCCCACCCAAGUUUUUUUUUUUUUUUUUUUAAAGUUCCCAGGCAGGGUCCAAAAAGACAUGAGCAGGUAGCAUGCGUGAUGGAUUCCAUGCCCAGCAUGACAUCAGUUUCCCCAUAAAGGGGAAAUUCUGAAGUGCAGAACAAGAGCAGCAGAACUUGUGGGCCAGGAGCGAUGGAGAAAAGCCUAUUUUCUCCUUCCUUUUAUAUCUUUACUGUCUCCCUAUAUAUAUGUUAGCUUUUUUAAAACUUUCUUUAUAUACUUAAAUAUAUAAUGAUGGUGGAAAAAAUCAUUUAAGUCUCUUCAAGACAAACUAUCUUUGGAAGUUUCAAGUUGGAUUUAGGCAGCACUAUUCUAGAGCCAUGCAUCUAGGUAAUUUUUUUUUUAUCCUGCCAAAUGCUAUCCCCAUGAAACUUCUCAACAAAAUUGCAGAAAAUAAUUUCAUCGCUUCAGAUGAAGUUACAAAAUUGAGGCUCUGGGAAGAGGGCUUUUUAGAAGAAAAAAAAAUUCUCAAUAUAUUCUGUCCUUCCAACAAAUAUCCAGUUUCUUUAAAUUUUCACUGUUUUGUGAAUCACAUCUUGCUCCGCAAACUUUAAUUACACGUGCUUGGAAUUAAGUUUUAGCUCUUUUCAUCAGACAAUAAUAAAGCCUGGAUUCUGAUCAAUGUGGACGUGUUCGUAUGUUCAUUAUAGUCAUUCAUACUAUGUUGGUUUGUAUAAACUUGGCAGAAAAUACUC